AUGCAAACGAACGAACCAGAAGAAAGCAUAGUAGAUUACAAUAAUAACGACAACGCCGGAGAGGAACAAAGAUCACCCAAGGAGAAUCGUUUCAAGAGACGCUUUAGAAUCAUGACAGGCGGUUCACCCAAAUCUCCCGGCAGUGCUGAUAGAUGCAGCUGGCAAUCACGUUCGUCAACGAGUCAUGGAGAAUCGUCACUCUCCAUCCGGUCUGAUUCACUCACCACCCAUGACACAAACACAACAGGUACCAGUGUAGGAGGGUCUAGUAAUUCCUCGAGUCCUCAUAAAAAAAGUACCGGAAAACGUUCCGUUACAGCCCCUGCUCCUCUCAAGUUGAAGUACUGCUCUCCAACUGACUUAGAAUUUCCAGAGACUCCCCGCCUCAUAGACAAAGACAAAGCAGCCGACAACAACGAUGGGCUUCUUCCGCGAAUGAAGGAUGCGGCAGAGCAAGCGUCAAGCAACCAGCAAUCAGCCGGCGCGAAAGCAUCCGCUAAAUAUCAUAAAACCGCUUUGCGCAUGAGACCCCAGGAGGGAAAGGCACUCAACGAAGCAAGGAGAAAAUGUCAAGACUUGAUCGACUAUGUGCGCAGCGUCACUGAUACUGUUGGAGAGACUCGCAAUCUCAGCGAUUCAGAAUUGAAGCAGAAGACACACGAUGCUAGAAUUAAAGACGCGAUCAACCUGAGGUGUACUAACUGUCGUGGGGACUGUCCGAUUUGCGGUGCAUCAUGUUGCAUAUAUGAUAAUGCACGUCGGACAGUUAUCAAGGAGGAUUCAGACACGACCAAAUUGGAAAAGGCAGGCCGUAUAGUAAAGAUGAUCGAUGGCAUGAGUCAACAGGCCAAGGAGAUGAAUAAGUUCCAUCUGUGCAGUCCACCUGGAGGUUGUGGAAGAUAUGUCUGUCCGAAGUGCUGUGGCGUUUGCCAUAAUGAAAUCUGUCGCGACAUCCAGUGCAAGUUGGUAAGGGCAGCCGAGGUCACGUGGCCGCUUAGCGAGGCGCCCGCACGACAAUUGUGCCAGCCUCACUAUCCGCUCGCCGCAGAGACCGAUUCGACUCAACCACCCAACGCCAACCGACAACAUCUCGUCUCGCCCGGCUGCGCAUCUCCGACGUUCAAGAUGCGUACCUACGACGAUUCUUUCAGCGGCCAGAAGAUCUACCCCGGAAAGGGUAAGCUGUACGUUCGCGGUGACAGCAAGAUCUUCCGCUUCCAGAAUGGAAAGUCCGAGUCUCUUUUCCUCCAGCGCAAGAACCCUCGCCGGAUAGCUUGGACUGUCCUUUUCCGUCGCCAGCACAGGAAGGGUAUCUCUGAAGAAGUUGCCAAGAAGCGUACCCGUCGUGUCGUUAAGAGCCAGCGUGCUAUCGUUGGUGCCUCCCUCGACGUGAUCAAGGAGCGCCGCAACCAGCGCCCUGAGGCCCGUGCUGCCGCUCGCCAGCAGGCCAUCAAGGAGGCCAAGGAGAAGAAGGCCGCCGCCGAGACCAAGAAGAAGACCGAGAAGGCCAAGCUCGCCGCCUCCAAGGGUGGUGCUCAGCGCAUCCAGAGCAAGCAGGGCGCCAAGGGUGCUGCUCCCAAGGUCGCCGCCAAGUCGCGUUAA